CUGCGUCUGUGAACUGGAGGGUGACAAUAAAAGGCCGAGAACUUUUGAGUGAAGCCAAGACUGCAACCAACUUGUGUCAACUUACGCAGGUGAGUUAGAGGAACUUUAUUAUUUUUUUUACCAAAUUCACCUACAAGUUCACUGGUGCAUGGGCCAGGUUUGACAACUCAAUUUAUGAAAGUUAAUGAAAAAUAUUUGAAAGCUUCAACAUCAUACGGACAUACCUAUUUUUUACUGACAAAUGUAAAACCACUUACAAACAAUUUUUUUUUUCUUACUGGCAUCCUAAAGUUUGUAAUCCAUUUAUGCGCCAAAUGUUUACGCACUGGCCGUAAAUAUGCGCUCGGUUGGCAACCCUGGAACUGACGCUCCACAAUGUCCUAAUUUUUAAUGGCAGAACUAGAUCAAAGUUAAUGUCAGGCUGGCUAUCUCGUUUUGGAUUAAUAAAAUGGAAAUUGUUUUGGAUUGAUCUAAUAAAAUGGAAAUUGUUUUGGAUUGAUCUAAUAACAUGGAAAUUGUUUUGGAUUGAUCUAAUAACAUGGAAAUUGUUUUGGAUUGAUCUAAUAACAUGGAAAUUGUUUUUGAUUAACUUGCAGCCAGAGGUUGAGUCCUGCACGAACGUGUAGGUCGAGCCUUUAUGUUUUUUCCUCCCUUCUAAGUGAUAAUUAAGGCCUUCGUAUUUAUUUUGGGAUGCGGAAUAUUGGGUGCAUUCCCUCCCUUCUUUACCAGGGCUCGACCCCUGAUUGCAUAAAUACAUUUUCAGUUAUUAAAUAAAAACGAACUAAAUAUUCUGAUUAAUUAUUUAUAAUUUUUUUAAUGACAAUUUUAACAUAAAGCCAUUUUGAAAGUAAUUUUCCUUGCUAUUUAUUUUUGUUUAAAGUCAUCCUGUGUCGGCCCACCUCUCCAUUCAUCCUGUGUCGGCCCACCUCUCCAUUCAUCCUUUGUCGGCCCACCUCUCCAUUCAUCCUGUGUCGGCCAACCUCUCCAUUCAUCCUGUGUCGGCCCACCUCUCCAUUCAUCCUGUGUCGGCCCACCUCUCUAUAAUGUUAAGACUGACUUCAGAACAAUUUUAACGCUAUUGAUCUAAGUCUCUAAGAAAGGUCUGCACAACAUGCGGCCCGCCAGCACCCAUUUGGCGGCCCACGAAGUAACACAAUAUUUUGUGUUAUUAUUAUUUUCUUAAUAGCUCCCCCCCCCCUGUCCUAUCAUCUUUCGGCCCGCACACGUUUUUCAUGAAACAUUACGGCCCGCCCUACAUUUUGAGUUGUGCGGGUCUGCUCUAAGACAUCAAAACAAUGUUCUCCUUUAAAUUGAAUGCAUAUUCUUUAAAAAAAAAAGAAAUAUCUUAAAUAUUCCGAACCACUCCCCAUUAAGUUUCAUUGCGAAUUUUCAGGAUUAAAUCAUCCUGUACUGCAUCCGCAACUUUAUGUCAUAACAUUGUACAACAACAACAAAUCAUUUCACACAGGUAAGUUUCACCUGGCUGGAAAUAGCUGGGGUUCAUUGUGCCGUGGCCAUACAAUCAAUGACAUCCUGUACAGAACUCAAACCAGGACAAGUGCAUGUCUUGUCUUACCAUUGCUAAAAAUAAACGAUCACAUAGUCGGGAAGCUAUUUUCUAAAUGACAUAUCUUGAAUAAAACUUUUUUUUUUUUAAAAUGUCUUAAAAUCUAACAAUAGCUUUUCUCAACGCUUGGAUGGUUACAGAAUUUAACUCUUUGUCGCCCGUGACGUCAUUAUCCGCCCUCUCUAAAUUAGUUAUCACCCCAAUCAGUAUACACCAGGGCCAUACAUUAGAAAGAUUAAAGGCGUGUUCGCUCCGAAACAAACUUGUUCGAUUGAGUUCAAGACAUAGAUUGCGUUAUCAGAUUAUCAUCAUGGGCGUCCACACGUGUAUUUGUUUGGUGUCUAGAAAAGACAGCGUCAUUUUUAAUUAAUGCGAGCCCAAAAAAAAUUUUUUUAAAGACAUUAUAUUUGUAAUAUUGAAUCUGUAUAAGAUUUUAAAAAAUAAUUUUGUUUAGUAUAAUUAUAAUUUUUUAUUAUUUUUUUUCUUCCAGAAAACCUGAAAAUGUCGCCAAAGUUUUUAAUAUCCGCCAUUAUUGUGGGGCUUGUUGCUGCAGAAUGGGUGGACAAUGUGCCCAAUAGAUGCCCUCAACCUACGGAUUCGAACCCAAACCCGCCGGCUUUCCUCUAUGCCCAUCCAGAGGACUGCCAACGUUUCAUCACGUGUGCACACGGCCUUCCCACAGUGAUGUCAUGUGCACCUAAAACAAGGUUCAGUGACGUCUUUCAGACUUGUGUUGGGGAGGGAACCCAUUACGACACUUGCACACGUGAGUUACGGCCUAUGACUAUUUAUAACAUUCAUAUUUUGGCCCCUUACUCACUUGAUGAGUUGAUAGUUUGAGGUAUUGAGAAUGCGUUUCUUAUCGGAAUGCAAUAGAGAUUACGAAAAGAUGUUUUGAUUCUAUAGUUUGAGACUUGUGACUUGUUUAUUUUACUCGUGAGGCGACCAAUAAAUGACUUUGAUUAACGACAGUAUCUUUGCCUUAAGUUGCCAAUGCCAUAGAAUUUUAUUCUCUCGACACAUACAAAAAUUCUCUGGACAGACACAGACAUGUAUUCAUCUGUCAGUUUAUUUUGUUAAAAUGUGUGGAAUGUGUAUAACUUUUUUCUGACUCAGGGAUUAAUGACUAAAUAUCAACUUCUAUUAUUAUCUCAUUACUUGCAAGUUUUCAUUGCGCCAUAAUCUCAAUUCAUAACUAAUGUGCGCUCCAAUAGUUUCCCGACUUAUGAAAAACAAAAAUAGUCACAUGAUCGCAAAAUAAUCACUGCUCUGAUGUCCGGUAACAAUACUCCACCGAUAGACCAAAUAUCUUAAUGACAGAAUGUCUUUUGUUUACCACACAGGUGACAACGCAGUACGGGAAUGCUCAAGGGGAGCUACUCUGAUCGGCCAUCCACAAAUCUGUCAGAGAUAUUACAACUGCUCAGACACGGCUCAGAGACGUGAAAGGAGUUUUUUGGGGGCAUAUGAAGUCGAAUGCACAUACCCUGAUCUCUUUGACAUUGUGGAGAAGAGAUGCAAACCGUUCAAGGAGGCUUAUUGUGGUCCAUACAGAGUGCCGGGUAUCGGUCCUUGUAAGUUGGCAAUUGUCAUUAGAUACAUUUAAUUUAACAAGAGUGACACGUUGCUUUUUUUAAACGUCAAGAAGUCAAGUCAAUUUUUGAUGUUUGAAGUGUUGCAUCGUUUUUAAUGAUGCUUCUUCCCAUCUCAGGUGAUUAUGUCAACAACCUGUGUGGCGGGGCCCACUGUGAACCCUGCGGUAGCCGGCUGAGCUCGUGUGUUGAUCAACCCAACGGAUUCAAUGUAAGUUGACAGUGGAUGAGAUAUUGUGACAGUUGAUGAGAUAUUAUGACAGUUAAUGAGAUGUUGUGACAGUUGUGUUCGAAUCGUCACAACUAACUUCCGAGGAAGUGUUAGAAUUGUCAGAACGAACUUCCUAGGCGAAUUGUAGUUUUGUCACAACUAAUAUCGGAGGAAGAUUGUAGUUUUAUGUUUAGGACUAAAACUCAAGCUACCAAAAUUGAACUAAAAUUUUUUUGACAGUGACAUCUCCUAUUCAUGUCCCAAAGUUUACUUACCAUUUUAGAAAUGUAACUUUCAGAAAAGAGUGUGACACUUUAGAUGAAAUGAUUUAAAUGUGUUUGCAAAUUGUAUUUUUGAUGAGAAAACAUCUUUAGAAUUAUGUAAAAAUAUACCUUAUAAAAAUGCCAUUCAAAUAAAGCAUACAAAUUUGGCAGUAAAAAAAUGUUCACAUUAUUUUUCUAACACUCGAGAAAAUUUCAUCGGGCUAAUGUUACUUCGAAAUAAGUUUAUUUAUAGAAGUCUGCUGCUUUCAAUAAACGAAUGAUUGUUAGAUUUGGGAUAUUCUUUUCCAAUUUAACCACUCCACAAAUACUUUCCGUAAACUGUUACACAAGAAAUGUUUUUUUUAAUUUUAGGCCCAUUCUGGACGCCAGUGGUCUCCGUAUUACGUGAAAUGUGACUCAGGAAGGACGGUGGAGUUUAACCUGUUUUGUCCCAAGCACUUUACUGGCACCCAGGCCAUCUUCCACCCAAUCAACAGAGAGUGCGUGUCACUAUGGGAGAUUCCAAGAAGUACCGGAUUUGGACUCGCCCCAAGCUGUGAUGGGAAAACCGACGGGAAGUAUCGUGUCGAGGAGAGGGCUGAUGUUUACUACAGCUGUCCAGGGGCGCAGGUGUCCUACUGCCGGAGUGGGUCCGCCUUUGAUUUGAUCAGUCAGCAGUGUACAGUCCAAUGAGCCAAACCGUUGUAAAUUUCCAACAAAAAAAAUCCAGCCUUUGUGGACACUAGAAACUACAUUAGGGUUGCCAGGUCUGCUUCCAAAAAAUGGUGGACAAGCCCGGGGGGGGGGGGGGGGGGGGAAAAAAAAAAGGGGGGGGGGGUGAGGUUGAAAAAAAAAAUUUUUUUUUUUUACAAUUAAAUUAUAAGUUUUCUUACCAAAAUUUUAAGUUAAAAUUAUUAUUCUCUUAAACUGUACGGCUUUAGAUUAUGUACCACUUCAAUUUCAUCAUAAAGCUUUUGAAUUUAAAAAAAUGUCCACUAUUUGGUGAAAGAAAAAUUGAACAUAAAGUGAAAAAUGCGGACAGUCCGCUCAAAUAGUGGACACCUGGCAACCUUAAACUAGAUGUUUUAAGAAAAUCCAUAUUUUUUUGUAUUUUUUAUAAUUUUGCUGUAGGGCAGU